CAAAAGAACACAAGAGUCAUAACCUUCAGCAAGCUCUCCUUCAUAUUUUGAGAUGUCUAGUUCCAUGCAAGAUGGCAAAGAAAGCUGCAAGGGGCUCUCCAUGCUUAGGCAUUUUACUAGAAAGCUACAAAGAGUGUUGCCAAUCUUACCAUCUACAAGAUCUGAGCAAAAUGGUGUCCACUUUGAUGAAGAUUUAGAGGCAGCAACUAAAAUGGUUCCAAAUGAUGUAAAGGAAGGACAUUUUGCAGUAGUUGCUGUGAACGGUGGAAAUCCUAAGAGGUUUAUCCUGGACCUGAGCUUUCUGGCAAAUCCAGCAUUCUUGAGUUUACUAGAGCAGGCUGAAGAGGAAUAUGGUUUCCAACAAAAGGGACCUCUUGCGGUCCCUUGUCAUCCUGAGGAGCUACAGAAGAUUUUAGAAGAAAGUUGAAAGAAUGUUGCUAGUUUUCGAGGUAGCUUCUUUGUUCAUGGCAAUGUUCCAAAAAGCUUCUAGGUUCACUAGUUUAUUCUUUCUCUGUAACUAGUUCUCUUCUUUUACUAUCUAAGCAUUAAUUACUGAUUAGAUAAUGACAAGCAAUAAAAUUGAAAAGCAUCA